AUGUCCUCUCUCUCUGCCCCACAUGUACCUCUCUCUCUGCUUUAUACACCUCAUCAUGUCCUCUCUCUCUCUCUCUCUCUCUCUCCAUGCCCCCAUAUGGUGCAUCAUGUCCUCUCUCUCUCUCUCUCCAUGCCCCCAUAUGGUGCAUCAUGUCCUCUCUCUCUCUCUCUCUCCAUGCCCCCAUAUGGUGCAUCAUGUCCUCUCUCUCCAUGCCCCCAUAUGGUGCAUCAUGUCCUCUCUCUCCAUGCCCCCAUAUGGUGCAUCAUGUCCUCUCCAUGCCCCCACAUGGGGCAUCAUGUCCCUCUCUCCAUGCCCCCAUAUGGUGCAUCAUGUCCCUCUCUCUCCAUGCCCCCACAUGGCAUCAUGUCCUCUCUCUCCAUCAUGUCAUCAUGUCCUCUCUCCAUGCCCCCAUAUGGUGCAUCAUGUCCUCUCUCUCCAUGCCCCACAUGGUGCAUCAUGUCCUCUCUCUCCAUGCCCCCUCAUAUGGUGCAUCAUGUCUCUCUCUCCAUGCCCCCAUAUGGGGCAUCAUGUCCUCUCUCUCUCCAUGCCCCACAUGGUGCAUCAUGCCCCCCAUGGGCAUCAUCCUCUCUCCAUGCCCCCACAUGGUGCAUCAUGUCCUCUCUCUCCAUGCCCCCAUAUGGUGCAUCAUGUCCUCUCUCUCUCCAUGCCCCCAUAUGGUGCAUCAUGUCCCUCUCUCUCUCCAUGCCCCCAUAUGGUGCAUCAUGUCCUCUCUCUCUCCAUGCCCCCAUAUGGUGCAUCAUGUCCUCUCUCUCCAUGCUCCCCCCCAUGGUGCAUCAUGUCUCUCUCUCCAUGCCCCCUCAUGGUGCAUCCAUGCCCUCCAUGCCCCCACAUGGUGCAUCAUGUCCCUCUCUCUCCAUGCCCCCAUGCAUGGUGCAUCAUGUCCAUGCAUCUCUCUCCAUGCCCCCACAUGGUGCAUCAUGUCCAUGCCCCCUGCAUCAUGUCCUCUCUCUCUCCAUGCCCCCACAUGGUGCAUCAUGUCCUCUCUCUCCAUGCCCCCAUAUGGUGCAUCAUGUCCUCUCUCCAUCUCCAUGUCCUCUCUCUCCCCCCAUAUGGUGCAUCAUGUCCUCUCUCUCUCCAUGCCCCCAUAUGGUGCAUCAUGUCCCCUCUCUCCAUGCCCCCCAUCUGUCCCUCUCUCUCCAUGCCCCCCAUGGUGCAUCAGCCCCUCUGUGUCCCAUGAGUGCAUCAUGUGCCCUCUGCCUGUGCGCCCCACGUGGUGCAUCAUGUCCCCUCUGCCUGUGUGCCCCACCAUGUUCCCUCUCUCCGUGCCCUAGAUGGAGCACUGUCCCCUCUCUCCAUGCUCUGUGA